AGCCAAGCGGUGCGGUCUUCCAGCGGUUUAAAUAAAGACUAGGACUCCGCCGGAAAAUACGCGCGUGUUUUACAAAUAUAUAUUUUGGCAGCCUUUCCAAGAUAUUGAAAAUAAAAAAACAACGAAUUUAAUAAUCUAGUGUUCUAAAAGAAAAAAAAACUAAAGUGAAAAUGAUCAAGAGUGAGGAGGUGUCGGAUCGCUCGGUUAUGACAAUGGAUCAGCUGGGCUACUACCAUGAUCCCCGUGCCCACCCGCCCUUUAGCCACGCCCAUUCCCACACCCACACGCACACACACACCCACCCCCACAGUCACCCCCAUACUGGGCAUUUAUACCGCUCGGGGAAUCUGCUACCUGGUGGCAAUUACCAGACAAUGGGUGGCGGAGAAUCACCCACGGAGAUGGUCGACGAGAAGCCGAAUAUCGGGUAUAUGGAACUCAAGCACUAUAUGGAAGUAACGCCCACUGCCACGCCCGUUUCGGCCGCCCAGCAUUACAAUCUGAGUGCUCUGCACAGCAUGGGCACUCCGCCGGCCUCCUCGAGUCCGAUACCACCAUACGGGGUUCUGAUGACGGCCCAGGCCCAUUCGGCGGGAUCCGCCUCCCCGCAGUCCAAUUCGAAGACGCCCACGGAUCUGCCGCAGGAUCUGCAGUACGUGAGCUCCACACCUAAGUCGCAGCCGUUGCAAGUUCAGUUGCAACCGAUGAACCAUCAGUACACCUCCACGAUAAAGUACUGCUCGAACAACACCAUACUCAGUGCGAAUGACUACCAACUACUGACCAGUCACGAGGUGGAGCAACAGCCUCCACAGCAGGUGCAGUCCCAGCAGCUCCAGCACUCGCCAGUUGGUGGUGCCUACCUGCCGCGGAUCUCCACCUCACCGAGUCACGUCAUCAACAAUGCCCACGGGAUGCCUGUCCUAAACUACUCCAGUUCGAGUUCAUCGCCUGCCAAGUCGCUGAAUGAAUCCGACUCUUCGCCUCCUAGUCAGAAUCCUCCGGGGAUUAAGGGUUCGGCAGGCGGAGAAGGAGGAGGAGGCGGAGGUGGUGGUUCCAGUAACCCAGACACCACCAAGAAGUCGGGAACCCGCCGGCCAGAGAAACCAGCCCUCAGCUAUAUCAAUAUGAUUGGACAUGCGAUCAAGGAAUCCCCAACUGGAAAACUAACGCUUUCCGAGAUCUACGCUUAUUUGCAGAAGAGCUAUGAAUUCUUCCGAGGUCCGUAUGUGGGCUGGAAGAACUCAGUGCGCCACAAUCUUAGCCUGAACGAAUGCUUCAAGAAGCUGCCGAAAGGCAUGGGCGUGGGCAAGCCGGGAAAGGGUAACUACUGGACCAUCGACGAGAACUCGGCGCAUCUCUUCGAGGAUGAGGGCAGCUUGAGGCGACGACCAAGGGGCUAUCGGUCCAAGAUCAAGGUCAAACCCUAUGCCGGUCAUGCCAAUGGAUACUACACUGGUAGUUAUGGCGAUGCGGGAAUGGACAAUGCCAACUUCUACGCCUCGCCCGCCUUCGCCAGCUAUGAUUACACAUCAGCCGGAGCCAAUGGCGUUUCACCGGCUGGCGGUCAAGGAUUCGGGGAUCCUUGGAACGCCCACGCCGCCCACAGCGGCCCCUCCUCGGUGGGCAUGGGCGUGGGUCCCCUGCCCCAGUACUCGAACAUAUCCUGCCUGGCGGCGGGCGGCAAUCCCAACGGGUCCGCCUGCACACCCCCGCUGGCCCACUCCGCCCUGGGAAUGGCCCCUUCGGCGGCGGGCUCCUCCAGUUCUCCGCUGGGAUCCGCGGCGGCGCUUCAAAGCGAUUAUGCGCCAGCCGCGAGUCUCGUGGCCGCGGGCUAUUCCUAUGCAACAAGUGCCGGCAGCCUGGACAACGGUCUGCGCUCCAUUUCGCUGCAGCAGCUCCCCGGACUAUCCAGUAUUCAGCAGGCACAGGCCCAGGCGCAGGCCCAGGCCCACCUCCACCACCAUCAGCACCACCAGAGCCAUGGGUCAAUCCACCAGAACCACGCAUCCAUGACCCCGCCGCCAUCGCAGUCCGGUGGCAACCAUGUGAUCGACCAUUCGCCCAUUGAUCGCAAACCGGUUUACCUGCCGCCCAUCACCCCGCCCCCCACUUCGGUGGCUCUGAAUGGCGGCGGUGGAUAUUACGAGGCCCUCAAGUACUCCAAUUAGCCAUCCCAACUGGGCCGGAAUUCAUCAUUAUUACCUCAAAGGAUACAAUAAUCACGUUUAAUUAGGCUCUAGGUAGUGGCAGACAAAAGAUAGUUAAAUAGUGCUUAGAAGAGAAACUACACGUAAAUAAAUAUUUUGUACGCAUAGCAAUAAAAUCAAACUAUUUAUAAACAAGACAUGCAUCGCAGAGAAAUUUCACCUAAACUAAUAUACAUUUUUAAAUCAGCUG